AUGCUCUUCAGGGUCUGGGAUCUGCUCUUUUUGGCUUCAUCUGGCCAGGCCGUGGCUCAGGUAUCUGACACCGACUUCUGGGGCCCAGAGUCACAUGCCAAGAAACCCAACACUGUUGGGCCCCAGCCCCCAACUCCAGCAGCUAUGGGCAAGCAGGACUUCUGGAGGAGGAAGCAGGUCUCCAGAAUCGAGCAGCAGGGAGGCUACUUCCGGGGACAGAGCAGCACAGGAGAACGCUCUCCCAGCAACAGGGGACUAUGCCAAUCUGUGGCCAUGCUCCCACCAGCCAGUCGUCUCCUGUACCUCCUGCUGGUGACAGGCAUGGGGGGUGCCAUGCCCAGCCCCCGGGUACCUCCCCAGGGCUGCUACGUGGCCGAGGAAGCUGAUGAGCAGACGUUCCGCUGCAGCCAGGCAGGCCUGAGUGCCGUGCCCACUGGCAUCCCCAAUGACACCCGCAAGCUCUACCUGGAUGCCAACCAGCUGGCCUCGGUACCAGCUGGUGCCUUCCAGCACCUGCGUGUCCUGGAGGAGCUGGACCUGUCCCAUAAUGCCCUCACCCACCUCUCACGGGCCGCUUUCCAGGGCCUGGCGGACACUCUGCGCCACCUAGACCUCUCUGCCAACCAACUGGCCUCGGUGCCCGUGGAGGCCUUCAUGGGGCUGCAGAUCCAAGUGAACCUCUCUGCCAACCCUUGGCGCUGUGACUGUGCCCUCCAGGAGGUACUCAGGCGGGUGAGGCUGGUGCCGGGCACUGGUUCGGGCAUUGUGUGUGGCCCAGGUGCCCGGCCAGACCUCGUGGGGCAGGAGUUCCUGCCACUGGCAGGGGAGGAAGAGCUGUGUGGAACGGGGCGGGGUGGAGCCCGGAGGAGCACCGACGUGGCCCUGCUUGUCACCAUGGGGGGCUGGCUGGCGCUUGUGGUGGCCUAUCUGGCCCACUACGUGUGGCAGAACCGGGACGAAGCCUGGCGCCCUCUCAAGCGGGCCCCGGUGAUGCCUGUGCACUCUGAGGACUCCUCCACCCUCAGCACGGUCGUCUGAUGACCUCCCCACCCCUCACCCCACACUGCUACCCCAUGCCCUCUCCUUUCCUCUGACCCCCUCAGCCUCUCCUGCAGCCUGACCCCAUCCCUCAAAUUCCAUCCCACCCUUCCUUUCCUCUUUGUCUCCCUCAAACCCCUGAUCUCUCUCUCGACCAACACCACCUCAGAUUACCAACUGUGCAUCUGGAUUGCACUAGACUCAGAACUUGAAGCCCCUGAGUCCACCGUCCUGG